GUGAUACGAAAUUUGGUUAAAAUUAUAGACUGGUGAAGAUGGCUGGAAAAACGAAGCCGAAAAAUGGGAUGAAUGGGAAAACUAAUGGAUUUAAUCAUUUUUAUCAAAACGGACAUAUUUCACAGAACACAUCUCCUAAGGAUACAUUUAUAGAAACAUUUGAGGAAACACCUCUAUCUACAGCCAUUUUAACAUAUCUGGGAUAUGCAGUUCUUGUUGUUAUUGGACAUAUCAGAGAUUUCUUGAGGAGUAUUGGAAUUGAAAAAAUAAAGUCAUGCACAGAACCCAAGCUUCAGGGUUAUGUUUCACUCUAUCAGAGCUGGGAAAGUUUUUAUACCAGGAAUCUAUACAGAAGAAUAAGAGAUUGUUGGAACAGACCAAUAUGCAGUGUAGCUGGUGCAGAGAUGGAUAUGUUAGAACGUGUAUCUCCUGAUAAUGGAUGGAACUUCCAACUUACAGGAAAGAAGCAACAUGUGUUAAACUUUGGAUCGUAUAAUUAUCUUGGUUUUGCUGAAAAUAAAGGUCCCUGUGCAGAUGCUGUAGAAAAAAGCACAAUGAAGUAUGGUGUUGGAUGUUGUGGUAGUAGGCAAGAAUUAGGUUAUUUAAAAAUCCAUAAACAGCUAGAUGAAUUGGUUGCAAAGUUUCUUGGAGUAGAAGCUGCAACCACUUUUCCUAUGGGUUUUGCCACUAAUUCCAUGAAUAUGCCAAGCAUUGUGGGAAAGGGAUGUCUCAUAUUAAGUGAUGAACUGAACCAUUCAUCUUUGGUGCUGGGGUCAAGGUUAUCAGGAGCUUCCAUUAAAACAUUCCGCCAUAAUGAUAUGGAAGAUUUAGAAAAUAAACUAAAAACCGCAGUAGUCUUUGGACAGCCAAGAACCCACAGGCCAUGGAAAAAAAUACUAAUUGUUGUAGAAGGAGUAUAUAGUAUGGAAGGAUCAAUUGUUAGAUUACCAGAAGUAGUGGCGUUAAAGAAGAAAUACAAAGCUUAUAUUUACUUAGAUGAGGCCCACAGUGUGGGAGCCAUGGGACCACAUGGCCGAGGCAUAGUAGAUUAUUUUGGACUAGAUCCUAAAGACAUUGACAUUAUGAUGGGAACGUUUACAAAAAGUUUCGGUGCUGCUGGUGGUUAUAUUGGAGGGUCCAAGGAUUUGAUUAACCAUUUGAAAUUACAGUCUCAUGCAUCAAUAUAUUCCUGUACCAUGGCCCCUCCAGUAACACAACAAAUUAUAUCAUCUAUGUCAAUCAUCAUGGGAGAAGAUGGUACUAAUGAAGGUCAAAAAAGAGUACAACAACUGAAGUGGAAUACCCGAUAUUUUAGACGAAGGUUACAUGAUAUGGGUUUUAUUAUCUACGGAAACAAAGAUUCACCAGUCAUUCCAUUGUUAAUAUUCAUGCCUUCUAAGAUAGCUGCAUUAGGCAGAGAAUGUUUGAAAAGAGGACUUGGUAUUGUAGUCGUAGGUUUCCCAGCAACACCAAUCAUAGAAUCUCGUGCAAGGUUUUGUCUGUCGGCUGCUCAUAAUAAAGAAAUGCUAGACAAGGCACUUGAAGUGAUCAAUGAAGUUGGAGAUAUGCUAUCAUUGAAAUAUUCCAGAACAAUUCCACCAAGUUUUAGUGAGAAAGAUGUAGAGUUAUUACUGUGAUUGUUUUGAAGACGUGUAAACAACACAGCAGUAAUGGCCUAUCAGAUGCAUUGCCAUGACAAACCACAGUUCAUGUUUAUGACAGAUUCUAUAUCAACAGUGUUUAAAUUACAGUGAAAAACUGUUCCUAGAAUCUAUAUAGAGACAACACCAAUGUCAACCAAUCAGAAUCUCGAGAAAUUGUGAAUUGAGUGGAAAGUCAAUCUGACAAUGUGUUUAAGUCUGAAUCAUGGAAAAUUAGUGUAGAUUGAGUGGAAAAUGAUCAUAGUCAAUUAGACAAUGUGUUAUAGUCUGUAUCAUGGAAAAUAAGUAUGGAUUGAGUGAAUCAUAGUUAUUGGAUAUUAUGUAGUAUAUCACUUCACAAUAUUCUUCUCAAUAUCAGGGCUAAGCUUCUGUUAAAUCCUUUAGCAAAAUAUUAGUUUAGUUUUUUAAUGGGAACAGCUUAGCAUAAAGAGUAUGUCUUUUGAACCACGGCUGUGAAGUUAGUGUAAACUGAUAUAAUGGAUAAGUUUAACCUUGAUUAUGUUCUUGUUUCAAAAUCUUUAUUUUUUGGAAAGUUUUGUAGAGUAAGCUGCAUUAUCCUAUGUAAAAAUUAUAUAUAAGUUUUUUAGUGAAUCUGAAAGUCUCAGAUUUAUAUUGUUUUUGCUAGUUACUAUUUGUUGUUACGUGGACCAAGUAGCACUUGACAUGCUCAGAUAUAAAUCUAAAGGUCUUCUGAUUUCACUUCACAUUUAAGUCUGGAACUAACCAUUUCACUGGACAAAACCAAAUUUUACUUCUUUCCUAUAGUUGAUAGAAUUUGGAAUGACAGAAUCCAGUUGACUGUGUUGUAUGUCAGUGUUGUUAAUCAUACAAGAUGCAAAUAUAUAUGUAUCUGUUGUCUUUCAGGAAUUGUUGUCCAAUUUUAAUUUUAUAAUUGUGUACUUAACAUUUGAACUAUCAUGACUAUCAAAAUAAUCUGAUUUAAUUGUUCAAAGCACAGAAUUUUUACACCUGAAUGCUAGUAUUAUUCAUCUAUCAUUUAUUGUUAAAAUUAUCAUCUGAACUUUCCACAUUUUUCCUUCAAAACUGUUGGAAGUUACUUAGAUUUCAUCAUGCCCUAAGUUGGAAAUCAUGUUCCCACUGUUUUUGAAAUUUAAACAUUUUAAAAGCAUUUCACCAUGUUUUUUUUACUCAAACAAUUUAAAAAGCAUUUGCAGUGUUUACAAACCAGAAAGAUCUAAAGCAUUUUAGCAUUUUCUCACAGUUUUCUUUCCUUAACAAAUAUUUAAGAUCUGUCACAUAGGAGACACUAUUUUUUAGCACAAAUCCCCCCAUAAUAUAAAAUUUUCAUUUUACUGAUAAUUCUUAUAAAAUUCUUAGGUUAAUGGAACCACCAACAAUGAAUUAAUUUCAGUACCUCCCUUCCCUCUCCCAGAUCAAUUUUAAAACAUCCCUUAGACAUGUUAGAUAAAAAGAAAUCACUCAAUGAUAUCAUUGCACUUGCGUUCAUAGAUUUUCUUUAAAAUUGAAUGCUGCAGCUGUAUAUCAUUGUGUUUCAUCAGGUUCAACUUCAUUCAAUGUUUUUAGUGCUAUAUUUUUACAAUAUUUAUAUAUUUGAUAUUUACAUUAUAUUUAUAUGCUAUCAUGCUUAAUUUUAUUUAUGUGCCAGAAGUGUCUUUUUCUGAUCUGUCACAGCUUAAGAAUUCCUUUUGUGUGAGACAUAUCAUCCAGCCUCUUUUGGGGAUACAUGGGGGUUUCAGCCUUAUUUUUAGCUAAUUGCUCCUGCAAACUGGAAGAGAUAUGAGAUAUUUGUGUUAGGCAAGCAAAAAAUAGUUGUCUUUCCUGCCUCUUGACCUACCCUAACAUUUAUUGAGAUUUUUCAUUAAGCAUUGAUAAGAUCAAGACAUUUAAAGUUAAGUACCAUUGAAAUCCAGAACAUUUCCCUGUAGUCAAAAUGUUCUGAAAAAUAGAAUUAUUUAACAUUUUUGUAUUUACCUUCUCUGAUUUUCUGCCAGGAGGCAGGAAACAAAUAUAUAUUAUUUGGCCUUAUUUGUAGAAGUUGACUAUAUAUUUUUGAAGAUAUCUUCUGGAAAAAUGUCCAUUUAGAAGACAACAUUGUUUUUCAGUUCUGCUAAAAUUCAAAUUGAUAAGUAUAUUUCUGUUUAUUAAGUUAUACAUGUAAUAUGUAUAAGCUUAUUGUUUUGAUGGAUAGAUUAGUCCCAGUAUUAAAGAUAAGCAGAGUUAUCUUUCAGUUUUUUUCGAUAGAGAAAAGUAACUUGUAGAAAGCAUUUUGUUUUUAUUCAAAUCCAGUGAAAAUUUGAACUGAUACACACAUUGAGUUUCUAAAUGUUAACUUUAUAAGGUGGUAGUGCCAUUUAAUGAUAGCAAAGUUAUAGUGGAUGUGUUGGAUUCCUUUCGAAAAGUAAAGUUCUCAUGUAAGCCGCCAUAUUUAUUUUUUUUUUGAUACGGCUUGAUUUUUUAAAUUUAUUUGACAUUUCUUAAAGUAAAUCUCUAUCCAGAUAUCUAAGCUGACUGAGUAAAUUUACUUUUGAAAUGAGUAUAACUGCUGAUUUCAAUGAUUACAUGUAAAUUGAACAAAUUAUUAUUAAAGGAAGAAAUCCUUUUUUUUUUAAAUGCAUUUAUCAUUUUCUUCUCUUGAAGUUAAAAAGAUUACAAGUAAUUCUAUGUCAUUUUUAUAUGUAGUUUUUGUUUUUCUUCUAUUUGUGUAUUAGGUUCUUUUUUUUUAAUUUUCCAACCAUUAGUAUUUUGUAUUUUUUAUACAUAGUAUUUGAUAUUUAACGUGCCAUUUAUUUGCCAUUUUCAUACAUCAUUUAAUUUAUUUUUCAUUUCUCUAAUAUCAAAAAAUGCUUGAUAUGUGUGAUUAUGAAAUGACAGAAAGAUUAUUUAUUUACUUUGCUUUUUUAAAAUACCAUUUAUACUGACAAUCAGAAGCAUUCAUGUGUUACCCAAUUUUCUGACAGAUGGGGAAUUCUAUUCAUAUUGAGACAAGCUUUUUAUUAAGCUGAUAUUUGUUGAAAACAAAACUGCUUUAGUUGAACCUUAGGUGAAUCUUGGAUGAAGUCACUUGUUUCUUGAGUAAUUUAGAAAACAAUUCAAAAAAAAUUUAAAAAGCUUCUUUUAGUAUGAAUAGAAUUUACCACUUGCAGCACAAGGAAACUGAUUAACAAAAGAUUGAUAAUUGGGGUGAUCAGUUUCUUUUGAGAAAUAGACAUUGUUUAAAUUAUUAUAUUGUAUGGGAGACAUGUUUAAACUAAUACAUUGUAUGUGAGACAUUGUUAACUACAUUGUGUGGGAGACUUUGUUUAAACUAAUACAUUGUAUGUGAGACAUUGUUUAAACAAAUACAUUGUAUGUGAGACAUUGUUAAAUACAUUGUGUGGGAGACAUUGUUUAAACUAGUACAUUGUAUUUGAGACAUUGUUUAAACUAGUACAUUGUGUGGGAGACAUUGUUUAAAUUAGUACAUUGUAUGUGAGACAUUGUUUAAACCAAGGAAUUGCAAUUCCUUGUUUAAACUUAAAAAUUUGUCUGUUUAUCUGUUAAAUAUAGAAUUAUUAGGGUACAUAUUAAAGUUAAAGCCUGUAAAUGGUUGUGAUUGAUAAAUUACUGUGAUUUCAGACAGGGUAAAAUUUGGUAUAGGAUUAACUUACUCAUGGUAGAUGUAUACCACUCAUAACAUCCUGAAUUUGCUUUGUGCUGUUCAUUUCUACAAUAUUAUAUAAACACAACUGACACCACAGCAGGUCUUUUUCAUAUGCAAAUAUUCCAGUUUCAGAAUUUAAAGGAUUAUGGGCUUUUUCUUUAUUCCUACACCAAAUUCAAUUCAAAUUUACACCAUUAGUUGACAGUCCAUUGUUUACGGUAUUUUCAACCAAUCAAAAUGUUUUUG